UAUUAAUUAAUUAACUAAAAGAUACAGGUGUAAUGUGAUUUGUGUUUUGAGUUAAAUUAGCUGUCUAGUUGCUAAUAUUAACAUUUUGUUACUACUCACUGUUUCCUGUCUAACCAGCCCAUUGUGCUGCAGUUCUGUCCAGCUUUAAAUUGAGCCUUUGUGUUCUGGAUAUUGUUCAUGGGUCAUGUUGACUUCAGGCAAAAACAAAACUACCUCUCAUGCCUGGGCAUGCUCUUACAUUUACUUUUAACAUUGUGUAAUCAGAUGUGAGUGCAAAUAAGACAUGAUAGUGAGUAGGGUGCAUCAGUUGCCCUCACUUUCAUAAAAUCUGAUGCAUUUUUGUCUGGGUGUUCCUUUUCACCAAUAAAGACAUCCUGUAAAAAUUUUUUGACCAUAUUCAAAAGUCUAACGGUGGCACCAUGAGGUUCAUUUUUUGCCAAAAAACACUUUUUUCAUGUAAGGUUUGAAUCACAAUGUUGGACUCCAUUUCUUGAUUUCUUGUGACCCAGUGAUCAUGUUAAGAACCUUUGCAAGGGAUUGAGAAGCAUUAAUGUGAUAUAUUCGGUGAUCAUCUGCUCUUAACACCAGUGUCACAAUGGGAUGGCUUGGCGUCUUACCAGAGGAUAAAGGCAACACUCACAAACUUCAUUGUGACAAAUGAUGUGGCAGAGCGUGGGGUUAAACUCGCCCAUGAGAAAGUUGGUUCUGCCACAAUAGAAGAAAGAUUCCAGAACAUUGUGCAAGUUGUAGCAAAAGACAGAGUAAUGGUUCCAAAUCUGAGACGGCCACAUAGGAAAUAGACAUUGAGAAUUUGCUUCUUAAUAUUUCACUUGUAUCUUCAGUUGUCUUGAAAACAGGUAAUCCAGCAUCAUUAUAACUUUAAAGUGCCAUUCCACCAUUGGAUGUAGGGCUGCACAAUAUAUCGAAAAAGUAUCGAUAUCGCGAUAUCAUAGUUUGCGAUACACAUACCGCAAAAAUUACUUAAAUUUCGAUAAAAGGCACAUUUUUCUGUGCCGUCCAAUUACAUUUGAAUGUCAACAAGUGCUGCGGGAUAACUCCGCCCCCUAUUGCAAAACAAGUAAAAGCCUCGUGGUGAUGGCGGAAGGUGGGAGCGGUAGCAAGUGUGGUGAGACAAACUUGUGUGAGGAGGAACUGGUUUCCAAAAAAAAAAUGCACGUCUGCUAUUUGGAAGUACGUUGGAUUCAGGAGGGAUGACGUACUGCAAACUCAGAUGGCACAUUCCUGUUGAGUUGGAUCGAGGUAAACAUGAAGAAGCAGCACUGGGAGCAGUAUAUUCACACGUCUCUGAGGAAUCUGAAUACAAACGCUGAAAUGCCUUAGGACUGCAGUAUGACGUGUGACUUCACUGCACUCCCUGCUCUUGGUUUCUCUUUUAUACAGAAUUUGUUUAAUACAAAAUGACAUCUUGAUAAAUGUCAUGAAUUUAACCUGUCUGUGCAUAAAGUGAGGUUUUGCCAGAGCAGAUGUGAAGAUGUGUGGCUGAUUAGGAGAACUGUGUGCCUCUCCCCGCUAUGCCCAGGCGAGGGCUGCCAUUGCAAGGCCGGGUGCGCUGGCUCCUUCUGGGUAUAUUUUUGCUUCUUGUCUUCCUCUUCUUUGCCUACUUACUGGAGUGUACACCACCUGCUGAUGUGAAUCAUGGGUUGCCUGGUCUCGGAGGUGAACCUUAUGGAAAAGAAUAUUAUCAGGCCCUUCUCCAGGAGCAAGAGGAGCGCCACCUCAGCCGAGCGGCCAGCCUCAAGAGGCAGAUUGCGCAGCUUAAACAGGAGUUGCAGGAGAUGAAUGACAAGCUGAAGAGCCUGCAGGAGAGAAAAGAGGGCCCUGGACUACAAGGCCUGGUUGAUGGCAGAGAUCAGGAACCCGGUGACCUGUUGGAAUUCCUGCAUUCGCAGAUCGAUAAGGCAGAGGUGAAUACAGGAGCAAGGCUCCCCAGCGAGUAUGCUUUAGUGCCCUUUGAAAGUUUCACCACCACAAAGGUUUAUCAGCUGGAGAUGGGUCUUACUCGGCAUCCUGAGGAAAAACCUGUACGCAAGGACCGGCGAGAUGAGCUGGUAGAGGUGAUUGAGGCAGGUCUGAAUGUUCUAAACAACCCUGAUGAAGAGGACGGCCAGGAGGAGGACAUCCCCAUGCAGAGGCAGACCUUUACAGAGAGCCACUUUGUCGAGGGACUGUACAGAACUGAGCGGGACAAAGGCACGCUGUACGAGCUGUACUUUGCGAAGGAAAACGCACAUGAAUUCCGUCAUGUAACCCUCUUCCGUCCAUUUGGUCCUUUAAUGAAAGUGAGGAGCACAUCUGUGGACACAGACAGCACAAUCAUCAAUAUUAUAGUGCCUCUGUCAGGCAGAACAGAAGCUUUUAUUCAAUUUCUACACAACUUCAGGGAGGUGUGUAUACAUCAGGACAAGCGAGUGCAUCUUACAGUGGUCUACUUUGGGGAAGAGGGCUUGCAAGAGGUGACCUCAUCCUUACAAAAGAUGUCCAGUGAGGAGAAUUUCACGGAUUACACUCUUAUCCCUGUGGAUGAGGAAUUUUCCCGUGGCAGAGGAUUGGACAUUGGUGCUCAUGCAUGGAAGAAAGAGACCGAUGUGUUGAUGUUUUUCUGCGAUGUAGAUAUUUAUUUCACGCUUGAAUUCCUCAACACAUGCCGUCUCAAUACAACCCCUGGGAAACGAGUGUUCUAUCCAGUAGUGUUUAGUUUAUACAAUCCUGCCAUAGUAUAUGGAAAUCUUGAAUUGGCCCCACCCAUUGAACAUCAGUUGAUUCAUAAAAAAGAUGCUGGAUUCUGGAGGGACUUUGGAUUUGGCAUGACGUGUCAGUAUCGCUCAGACUUCCUCACCAUUGGAGGAUUUGAUCUGGAAGUGAAAGGUUGGGGCGUAGAGGAUGUCCAUUUGUACAGGAAGUAUCUGAGGAGUGAGCUGAUAGUGAUGCGCACGCCUGUUUCAGGGCUCUUCCACCUGUGGCAUGAGAAGCUGUGUGCAGAUGAGUUAACACCAGAACAGUACCGCAUGUGCAUCCAGUCCAAAGCCAUGAACGAAGCGUCUCACUCUCAUUUGGGCAUGUUGGUGUUCCGCGAGGAGAUCGAAAACCACCUUCGCAAGCAGGCCUACAAAAGUCAGAGCAGGGCAGAGGAUUGAAACGAUUACAGUAAACCUGCUCACAUUAAGCACAGUGUUAGUGCAUUUCAGGAAGGCAGAAUUUAGCCAGCUGCGAUUUGUUCAGCUCUUGUUACAUUAACACAUUUUCUGAAUUAAUGCAGAAGAUAUUUUAAUAACUAAAAUGGAGUCCUAAGAAUUAACUAAGAAUAAAUACGGACAAACUGUGCCAAAUGAAAUGCUGUAUAUGAACCUACUACGUAUGAAGGCUGAGAUGACCAGGUUAUUCAUGUUCUGGAGGUCCAUUUAUUUCUUUUGUUAAUUUAAAAUGACCAGUCGAGUUGGUGCUUUUAUGUUCAAGCACGUUCAUAGCCUACCCUAGGCAUGUUAUCAUACACUUAUUUUUAAAUGUUAUUACUGUUAUGUUUUUAUUGCUUUUAGUAUCAAAAUCAUGUGCUGUGCUAAUGAGCCACUGCUGUUUAAAAGGGGAUGCAGCUGAAAGACAAUCAGUUGUAAAUGGAUAUGAACAAAACGCUAAGAAUGAAAUCGAAGAAGUAGAAUUAACUUGUUCAGUACAAGAUAGUAUGUCUAAUGACAAUUCAGCAAGCGUCAGAUGCAGCUGGUGAAAGGGUGACUCUACCCUGUGGUAUUCAGUUUAGUGGAAGUGGGUAAAUGCUUACUUAAACCCAACUGGUUUUAAAUAUAUAUAUAAAUCACGUGCUGACCAUUAAUACCCACUAGCCAUUUAGUUUCCGUUACUUUUUUUUUUUUAAAUUAGUUACCUAGUAGUGGCUGCUAAUACCAGUUUGGCACCUGCAGCAUGUUAAACAACAGCACAAUGCAAUGAUGACUAAACUUCUCAACCUUUCUUCAAUAAAGAGGGACAGCAGUGUUUCAAUCCUG